CCGAAAUGAAGUCAUAAGGUUUUCAAAGUUCAAACUAGCAACUUAAGUUUAACUUUUUUUCCUUUUUUUACUUAAUUUCUUAUUUUAUUUUUUAUUUCUUUUGGUUCCUUUUUUGUAAUUAACUUUUUUUUGUCUAAUUAUGUGGCCUCAUGGGCUGACAGUCUCCUCUCGUACUCAUGAGGGACACUAUGUUUGGGCAGCAGCUCCACCUCCGCCUCAUCAUUAUCCACCAUUAUCUGGAUCAUCUUACCCUUACCAUGGAUUAUAUCCUUUUCAUGCUGGAACUUCAGAAAUUAAUCAUCAUUUUGCUGCAGCAACCGCCGAAGCAACGAAUGCAGCUUCAUUUGCAGCCGCUGCAGCGGCAUAUUCAUCCGGCUAUGGAACAAAUGGAAGGAAAAGAGCCCUUUCACCUUACGGUUCCGAUUUUGAUAUAAACUCAUUAAUUCGUUUUUCUCCAAAUUCACUGUUUUCUCUUGUGAAUGGAUCUCGAUCAUCAAGCACAAGUGGUUCUUAUGGUCAUCUUUCAGCAAGCUCGCUAAGUCCAUCAUUAGGCCAUCCUCCGUCUGAAGCUGGUCUGGCCUCACAUCUUCAUCCUUUUAUCAGGUCACCAAUUUUACUGCCCUCCGGUCCAACAGGUCCUGGUUCAUUGGGAUCCAAUUCCAUAUUGACUUGCCAAAAUUCAGCAUUCACACCUCAUAUUGGUCUCAACCAUUAUCAUUAUUCAUCUCUUAAUCUAAGCAACAAUUUAACUAAUUUUUCAGCUGCCAAUUCCAACAACACUAGUGCCAUUAAUGCCAACAAUAAUAAUAAUAACAAUAACAAUUCAUCAUCGGUUAUCGGUUUAUCUGUUAAAAAAGGAUCUUCAAUUGUCACUGGUGUUGACUCGUCCCCAUCAUCGGGUAGUAAUGGCCAUGAGACUGCAAGUAAUGUUGUCUCAUCAACUGUUCUUGACAAAGAGGUUGACCGUGAUUCAACCAAUCUCAAGAUUAAAACGAAAAGGGUUGAAAUUGAAGAAAGUAAAAUGGAGGAUCGAGCCGAUGGUGAACCUGGUAACAACAUUGAAACCAAUUGCCAUUGGGGUGAUUGUACUCUUGAAUUUGGUAAUCAAGAAGAUUUGGUUAAACAUGUUAAUAUUGAUCAUAUCCAGCAGACAAGUCAUAAACGAUGUUUUGUUUGCCGUUGGAAGGAUUGUUCAAGGGAAGGUAAACAGUUUAAGGCUGCUUACAUGUUGGUUGUUCAUGCUCGUAAACACACCGGAGAGAAGCCCAAUAAAUGUACCUUUGAAGGUUGUUCCAAGGCUUAUUCACGGUUGGAAAAUUUGAAAACUCAUUUAAGAUCCCACACAGGGGAGAAACCAUAUUCCUGUGAGUUUCCAAAUUGUACCAAAGCCUUUUCAAACGCUUCAGAUCGGGCUAAACAUCAGAAUCGAACCCAUUCCAAUGAGAAACCCUACGAGUGUAAAGUUCCGGGUUGCAUGAAGAAAUACACUGAUCCAAGUUCACUGAGGAAACAUGUUAAAACUGUUCACGGUCCUGAAGUUUACGCCAACAAGAAACAUAAAGGGAUAAUUAAUGAUGACAACAAUGACAGGAAAGGUGGCAAUGGGGGUAGCACAGGUGGUGGCGGUGGAGGCGGCGGGGGAGGAGGCGGUGGAAGCUCAAACUCUAAUAGUCAUCAAAGAAGUAACGGUGAUGGUAAUAGCAGAAGCAAUGGAGGAAAUAGUAAUAAUAGCAACAAUAACAAUAAUGGCAAUGGUAGUAGUCAUCGUAAUAAUAACGGGAAUAGCAGUUGUGCAAGUGACAUUAGGACUGCUAGUGGGAGUGUUAAUUGCCUUAUUAAUGAUCGUAAAGGUAAUGGUAAUUGUGUAAAUGGGCAUGGAGGAGGCGGAGGUGACAAAGUGUUAAGUCAAACAAUUAAGUGUGAAAAAAGUGAAACCAUAUCAAGUCCUCCUUCAAUUAAUGUACACAACCAUUAUCACCAUAAUAGUAAUACUAACAGCUUGGAUGGUGUUGAUGUCAAUUUAAAUUGUGUCGGUGAUACUCUUCACAGUAACAGUGCCAAUGGAGCUUGUAUUGAACCUCCGAUAAGUGACAAUAGUGUUUCCACAACCUGUAUUGGUAGUGAUUGGUGUACACCAAAUUCAGUUGGUGGCAACAGUGUUAAUGACGGCUUGGGAAUUGAUUUGGAUACAUCUUCAACAGAUCUUCAUAUACCAUCAAAUGGUAUUAGAUUGAAUCCCGGUCCUGGUAAAAGAGGUGGCAAUAUGAAUGGCGGCGGCAGUGUUGCCACAUCUAUUUAUAGUCCAUCCAAUUACUCUUCAGUUGUAUCACCAAUCGUUACUCUAGCCUCACCCAUGGCCAACAUUUCAUUGAAAGAACCAAUGAAACCUCGAUCUUCCUUUGCCAAUAAACUGAAAAAUGGAUUUCGCUCAGCAACCAAUUGGAUACCAAACGUAUUGAUCUCUAAAGGUCAUCAUCGUGAUAACAACACCAAUGGUUAUCCCCUUGAUCAUGAGCUAAUUAGCACCGAGAAAAACAAAAAGUCGGACAAAAAAUCACUCGACAAAUCAAAUCUAGUUCGCCAUGGAAGCACUGAAAGCAGUAUAAAUUCAUUUUAUUCAUCGGUCCUUGGAUCGGAUGCCAGUCAAAUAACAACAGAAAGCAGCUCAAAUGGUUUGGUAAACUGCAACAAUUUAAACAAUACCUUGGAUGGUCCAUGUAAUGGUGCCAAUCUCGUCAGAUGCACUUCUUAUGAUCCAAUCUCACUUGGUGGAAGCAGCAGACGAUCUAGUGAUGCAUCAAACUCAAGUCUUUUAGGCUCAGGUCUUGGUACAGGAUUACCUGGUGCACCAACCAAUGUCACUAAUGCAUGUAAUAAUAAUAAUGGUAUAACUUCAGCAACUGUUAGCCAUUCAAGGAUUAAUGGACAGUUGAAUGGUAUAAAUCGCCGUGCACCAUCUAUGGGACACCAUUUAUCGCAAACUGAUAACCUUAUAAUUGCUCCACAAAGUUUAGCUCUUUCAACAACUAUGGCUGUCAGUCCUGAACCUUUUAUACCUUCAGCUUCCCUUACAACUUUAAACAGCUCCGUUUCCAUUGCCUCAGGGGUUAACUGUGUCUCAGGUGGUUUUAGUGACACAGCAUCAACUAGGACAACGGUUACAGCAGCAGGUUCAACUACAGGAUCAACGACAACUGUUGUCACUGAGAUUCAUUAUCCAAAUGAACCUGUUAACAAUAGUGAUAAUAAAAUUCAUUAUAACCAUAAUCACAGCCAUCCAGCCCAUCAUAAUCACCCUAAUCAUAACCAUCAAAAUCAUCAUCAUCACCGAGAGUCAUGUGUAACAGAUCAACAGCCCAUCGAAGGCAAUCAAGACAUUAUUUUACCCGAUGAAAUGAUCCAAUGGUUGACUGAACAAGGACAAAUUAACCACAAUUCAAAUAUGGUUGUAAACGAUCUUAAUUCAACGCUGAAUACACUUGCCGAAGAAACACGAUUCCUCAGGAUGUCCAUCCAUUAGAACAAACCUCUAUUUUCGCAUCUCAUUAUGUAUUAUUUACUGUAAAUAGUUGUUCUUUUUGCUAUUGUACGUCUCUUCAUCCGCUUUUCCUCUCUUCCCUUCUUUCUCUUCCUCUUCCUCUUCCUAUUCAUCUUCCUCAUCUUUCCAUCCACGUACAACGUAUUCAUUGAUUCCGCAUCACAUCUUCGAACAUUUUUUUAUAACAAAAAAAUCUCAAAUUACACUUAUAUUAAGCUCAAAA